AAGAGAGAGAGAACCGGACAGGGAGAAAUCGCAGAAAGGGGUAGGUACGGAUAUUGGAGUAAGGUAGGGUACGAUGCCAGCAAACGGAUGGAGAUGCGGAGGAAUAAACGGGAGGAGGGGGAGAGGGGAGGCUAGCUCUCACGCUGGCAGUUGACCCGCGGAUAUAACCGGUUUUCGACCUGUUCGGCAGCAUUCUGGAAUUGUAAUCGCAGUCCCAUUUCGACCCGGGGAUGUUCUACGCACGUCGUAGUCACCUUCCCCUGCUUCUGCGGGCGGUUACGAUGCGAUCGGAUUCCAUUUUAAUUACUUACCUUCGAUCCGCGUCGUCAUAUCCCCCUUUCCCUGCCCAUGCCCCGGCGCCUCGCAUCGUAUCGCGUUGCGUUGCGUCGCGUCGAGUUGCAUCGAGCCACGAGCUGGGCGUGAUGCACUCUCUCCCGUGAUGUAUUACUCCUUACUUAGCGACAAAUAAUAUCCCUAGACUCGACGUGGCCUUUGUAAAAACAAGGAGAUUCCUCUAUUUUUAACGGAUUUAGAUGAAAAUAAAUGAUUUUUUGUUUUUUUUUUUUGUUUUCCCCAUGAAUUAAAUUCCACGAUAAUGAAAAUGUACGACGAGAUUCUUCUAUUUCUUGCUUAAUUUCAAGCGAAGUUUAAUUCGAUUAAUUUAUUAUUUAAGAACUAUAAUUGCAGUGCAAUUCUAGAAAAUUACGAGAAAAUAAUAUUCCUCUUCUGCCGAGUAAAACAAGGAAUCUAGCUAAUCUUUAAUAACUUUUCUUAAUAAUAAUAAAAUAAUAAUAAUAAAAAAAUCAUGUACUCUUGAAAUAAAAACUGUCAUUUAAUAUUGUGACGAGUUAUUUUAUGCGCAAUAAAAAUACAGUCUGCAUUUGAUAAUAUCAUUGUCUAUAAACAUCUCUUGUAACUUUGAGCACUGUAUUUGAUUUUUAACUUUUUCAGUUAUUGAUAAAUUUUUUUUUCUAUAUAAAAGAGUGGUUUUAGAGAGAGCGCAUUCUAUGUUAAAUAAAACUAACAAAAGACGAAAAUAGAUAGACAUUUUUGUCUUUCAAUAGCGGAAAUAUCAAAUUAGGAUAUUUAUAUUAUUUUCCGAAUGUAAAAUGAAAACGAAGGAAAUUAUGAAAAGUCCGCAUGCAGAAACCGUAAUGCUAAUUGAAAUUAUGUAGUGCACCGCGCGUAAAAGAGUUGAUAAGCCGACAUUUUUUUUCUAUUUCUUCCGACUUGAUGUCACGCUUGAUCUUCAUAGAAAUGUAUGAAAACUAGGAUAUUCUCGCGAGUCGGAAUGAAAAUUGCGGAGCUAUGAUACCGAAAUAGCCACUAUUUGUAUAUGUGACGUAGAUUCCGUCCACGAAGUGAGAAAAUGAGAAAAUACUUGAGAAAAUACGCGAAUAUACGAAUAGAAUGUAUAUGAAUAGAAUCAUAUUCAUAUACACUGGCGAAAGGAGACGAUAUUGUAAUAGAACUCGGUGAAUUUUUGAAGGCCUAUACUACUUAUCCAUUGUUCCUCUCGGUUAUCUCGAAGAGGAAUAAAUUAAGUAUCAUGUAUAAAGCACGUGCUAAUUAACAUGUUUGCAAAUUUAAGCGAUUGAGGAGGUAUAAUGCAGUAUAAUAACAAUAAUAAUAUGUCGUAACAAGUAGUGUGUCACAUUUUGUACAUUCCUUAUAUCAAAUAAUGCCUUGGAUUAUAUGCGAUUUAUGGUCGUAAUCGCGAUGAUAAGCUUUGGCAAUAUCAAUGGAGAUUAUAUCACGUUUAAUUUUCUUGAAAAAUAUUUGAAAGUACAUAUUGUUUAAUGAUUAGAUCGCAACCAAUGUGAUCCAACGUAAUGCUGUGUACAUACAUGUGUUCAAACGAUGCCAUAAUUAAUGAGAUGCAACGUGAAUAAGAACGCGUCUCGAAAAUAAUAUACAAAAGCAAUACAAUGUAUUGCAUGAGAAUAAUUAUAAAGUAAACCAAAAUAACUUUAUCGCAAAAAGGAAUCUCUCAAGUUACGAGUAAUAAAAUAACUUAAUCUAGAAAUCUAAUCCAUUUUCAUGGAUCCAUUUUCGUGUAAAAGAUAUGUAUACGUAUAAUGCUGUGCAGAGAGAUAUAUAAUUAAAUCACAAUAAAUGACAGAAAUUUUAUGCAAGAUUCCGUUUAGUUAGUUUUUCUUUUUAAUAAAAACUUAAGAGCAUCAAGAAUAGUUGGAGAACGUCUGUGACAAAGUGACUUGAAGAAUGUCACGGAUGAUAAAGAUGGAAAUUCUUGAAAAUUCUGUUUUAAUUACAAAUUACAAAAAAAAUAUUAAUUUUCAAAAAUACGACUGAGAUAGAGGUUAUCAGAGAUAAAGCGACCUAUUUGAGAGUUUGACACGUCGAAGCGGAGAAGAACGAAGAUUGUACGGGACGGAAGGAGAGAAGUGCAUAAAUAAACUGGAAAUAGAAAUAGAUCUAUGCGAUAUAAGAUAGUAAUGUGCGAAACGAUAUAUAAUGAAUUGAUAGCGCAUAGAGUCGUCAAAGAUAUCAUCUAUUAGACAGUGAAAAGUGAUAAGAACUGAUACUCGUAAUUCUGGGCCCAUUGUAAUUUUUACAAUUCCCUCUAGAAUAUUGAGAUCGACGUUAGCAAGCGUAGGAUCGAUCAGUCAACGUCUAUGGUAUCGUCACUUCAGCAUUUGUCAAGCUUAUUAGAAUAAUUUUAGUUUCGAAGAUGGCGAAGAUCUACCUAGGCAUCGUGUUAAUAUUUUGUUUUUGUUUAACGAUAUCAAGAACUUCUGAAAAUGAUGAUCAUUCGACAUUACAGUUAAUCAGCAUGCUAUUCCGACACGGUGAUCGCACACCAGAGUCGAAUGAAAGGUAUCCAAAUGAUCCAUACAAAGAUGACAAUUUCUAUCCAAUUGGCGAAGGACAGUUGACUAACGUCGGCAAGAAAAGAGCGUACGACUUUGGGCUGCUGCUAAAAGAGAGAUAUCGUGCAUUUCUCGGAGAUAUAUAUUAUUUGCCGAACAUUUACGCACAUAGCACGGAAAUAACUCGGUGCAAGAUGACCUUACAAUUAGUUCUCGCAGCGCUUUAUCCGCCUGUUAAAAUUCAAGAGUGGAAUUCGAUGCUUCAUUGGCAGCCGCUAGAUUUUACAUUUAAUAGCUCGAAUAAUGAUAUUUUGUUAUUAUUUUCAAAUUCCAAAUUAUUCACGGAACUGUUCUUUGAGGUGAUAAAUAGUCCAGAAAUAGAAGAGGAAAUCAAACAGCUUGAUACGAGGGCCAUAACAGAGUGCACGGGAUAUAUUUUUAACAAAAAUAACACACUCAAAACAAAAAAUAACACACUCAUAAUACUAUAUACGUUAUAUAAUACUAUAUAUUCGCAAUUGCAUAUGGAAAAUUACCUGAAGUUACCUGAGUGCAUACAAAAAAUAUUUCCAGGUGGCCCUCUGUUGAAUGGAGCUCUGUUAUUCUUAAAAGUCCUUGGUCACGAAAAGUUGAAUUAUUUAAAUGGAGCUGUAUUAUUAAAUAAAAUAAUUAACGAUAUGAAUGAAGUAAUCAUUGGAACACUGACGGAUCGAAAGAUUAAUCUCUAUUCUGGACAUGAUAUAAAUGUGGUUGGGUUGCAAUUUGCUCUAAAUAUAUUUAAUAAUCGUACUCCAGAGUUUACGAGCGGCAUUAUCAUUGAAUUACAUAAAAAAGACAGCGAAUAUUAUGUGAAAGUGUUACAGCAUUUAGGUAUUCCAACAGAAAUUGAAGAAGUCAUCAUUCCUGGCUGCGAAAAAUUAUGCCCGUACAAUAAAUUCAUCCAAUUAACAAACACUAACGGCUUGAAUCCACCAAAGAAUUCGGAACAAGAUAAAAAUGUGUCAACAUUAUUUAGUAAUUUUUAACAAUUGACUCAAGAUAUUCAAAA